AGCUUUGGAACGUUGUAUUGCCAUGUUUUCGCUCAAGCGAUAUAUGGAAAUUGGCAUUUGCCUAGCCGUAUUUGGCCUAACAAUGGCCACAAAUGCGCUGCCUUAUCGCUGGAAUAUCAAAUUGGAGGAAAUACGCCUACUGCAAUUUGCGGCCACUAUGGCUCUGCUCUUUGGCGUGCUAAAAGCUCAUAGCCAGCACAAGGAUAAAUUUCAGAUAUUCUGGAUGAUCGUAACCUCGAUCACACUCAUCGCUCUGCUGUAUGCUGGCUUGCGGGAGAUCGUCAGUCAUCGCUCACUACUUGGCAGCACUUUGGCCUGGGCUAUUGCCUUGCUCGUUGGAGGUCUGCUGAACAUCAUGUACAAUCAUUAUGUGGAAACAACUAUUGAAGCCGCUGAGAGCACCACUGAGAUACUGCAAACACAUCAGCCGCCGACGCUGAGCCCCAAGGGCCCGAUAAACUCCUUUGUUUAUGGAUGAUUGGCCUAAAUGGAACUCC